AUGGAAGGAGAGGAAGGGUCGAUCACAGCUAAAUUGGCUAACUUUCUGCUUGCUUACAGGAAUGCCCCACACUGUACGACGGGACAACCACCAGCGGUCCUGUUCAUGGGCAGGAACAUUCGUUCGCGUUUGGAUAUCUUGAAACCAGACCUCCGACGUCAUGUUCAGAGCAAGCAAGUGGACCAGACAGUGUCUCAUAAAGCUAAUAAGAGGACACGCACGUUUAAUGUGGGCAAGGCUGUUGCAGUCCGCGACUAUAGGAACCGAGGGAAAUGGACGUCUGGAACGAUACAUACGCGUACUGGUCCAUUAUCUUAUGUAGUUUGUGUUGGACCUAACGUGCUCUGGCGCCGACAUGUUGAUCAAAUAAUUAACUCCAACGUACAGAGCAAACAAGUUUGUUUUGAAAAUUGUUAUAGUGAACCUGAUAUUACACCAGAUCCUGUCACUGCAGAAAUACCCCCACCACUUAUAGAACUCCCUCUUCUUAAUGAGACACGUACAUACGUAUCCCCUACGGAAUCUACUGAUUGUUCUAAUGUAGCAAGUCCUGACAAACCUGAACGCCGCUAUCCACUGCGCAUGCAUAAAUCUCCAGAUAGGUUAUCAUUUUAG